ACAUUCUAGCCGACCCCCUACUCGAUGGUAGGGCCCUUCGCAGUCCGGCCUCCGGGCGCCGCCAUGUUGGAGCCUCAGAACGGGAGCCAUGGCUGCGAGCGUACGGCCGGCAGCCGGACUCGGGUCAGCUCCACUGAGCACAUGCUGGAGGUGCGGCCGGGGCUGUUCCUGGGUGGAGCUGCGGCAGUCGCGGAGCCGGACCACCUGAGGGAGGCGGGCAUCACGGCCGUGCUGACGGUGGACUCGGAGGAGCCCGACUUCAACACGGGGGAUGGGGUCGAGGGUCUACGGAGUCUCUUCGUGCCAGCGCUGGACAAACCCGAGACCGACCUGCUUAGCCAUCUGGACCGGUGCGUGGCCUUCAUCGGCCAGGCCCGCGCCGAGGGCCGCGCGGUGCUGGUGCAUUGUCACACAGGGGUCAGUCGAAGUGUGGCUGUAAUGACUGCUUUUAUGAUGAAGACUGACCAGCUUACCUUUGAAAAAGCCUAUGAAAACCUUAAGACUAUCAAACCAGAGGCUAAGAUGAAUGAGGGGUUUGAGUGGCAACUGAAAUUAUACCAGGCAAUGGGAUGUGAAGUAGAUACCUCUAGUGCAAUUUAUAAACAGUAUCGUUUACAAAAGGUUACAGAGAAGUAUCCAGAAUUGCAGAAUUUACCUCAAGAACUCUUUGCUGUUGACCCAUCCGCCAUUACACAAGGAUUGAAAGAUGGGGUUCUCUACAAAUGUAGAAAGUGCAGGCGAUCUUUAUUUCGAAGUUCUAGCAUUUUGGAUCAUAAUGAAGGAAGUGGUCCUAUAGCCUUUGCCCACAAGAGAGUGACACCAUCCUUCAUGCUUACUACAGGGAGUCAGGCUCAAUGUACAUCUUACUUCAUUGAACCUGUGCAGUGGAUGGAAUCCACUUUGUUGGGAGUGAUGGAUGGACAGCUUCUUUGCCCCAAAUGCAAUGCCAAGUUGGGUUCUUUCAACUGGUAUGGUGAACAGUGCUCAUGUGGUAGAUGGAUAACACCUGCUUUUCAAAUACAUAAGAACAGAGUGGAUGAAAUGAAAACGCUGCCAGUUUGGGGAUCACAAACAAGAAAAAUAUGAACUUGCGACAUUUGAUAACUUGCUGAUGAUAUGUGCUACCCUUGCUUAUUGUCAUUCAUGGCAGAUUGUUUAGUUUUAGGCCAUUAACAUUUCAUUUGAAAUAUGAGAAGAUAAAAAUCAUUUGAUGUGACUGAGAAACUAUACUUUGUCAGCUUCUUACACUAAGUAGAAUGGAAAUCAAAACCUUUUAAUCAUGUAAAUUAUACUUUAUUUGAUAUUGAAGUCUUUUAUAACCUAGAUACUUUCUUUAUUUCAUAUAUAUUUAAAAGUUGUGAUUUUGGAAUGUUAGUUAUGUAAUCUUAAGGUCUAGAUGGACAAAAUUAUGUAUAAAAAUUAGGAACUGUCAUGUUUAAGUGACAUUCUUUUAUUUCUAGAAAUGUAAAGCAGAUUUGUUUGGACAUAUUUUGACAUUUCUCUUUCUCUCUUUUAAGGGACAUUAGUAAAGCUACAUUAGUCUGGGUUUUUCUUGGAAAUGUAGAAGAAAAGGACAUCAGUAAAACACUGACUAAAAUGUGGUUGUCCUAUGAUACUUUUUGAAGUAAUCUACUUAAAGAAAUAUAUUAAUGUUAGGUAUAUUUCUAACGAUGAAGAAAAUUAAAUGUGGAGUAACUACAUAUCAAUCACCUUUUUUAGCCCGAUGUAUUGGAAAAGGUAAUAUGUCCAGAUUAGCUUUUUUUUUUUUUUUUUUUUUUUUGCAGUUCGCGGGCCUCUCUCUCACUGUUGUGGCCUCUCCCGUUGCGGAGCACAGGCUCCGGACAAGCAGGCUCGGUGGCCAUGGCUCGUGGGCCCAGCCGCUCCGCGGCAUGUGGGAUCUUCCCAGACCGGGGCAUGAACCCGUGUCCCCUGCAUCAGCAGGCAGACUCUCAACCACUGCGCCACCAGGGAAGCCCCCAGAUUAGCUUUUUAAUGUGAUCUCUGGAGACUGGAAUUUAUUUUACUCAUUGAUAAUAGUUAGAAUUAUACCUAAUUAGAUACUUGAACAUUUACAUGAAAUCAGAAUUAGCUAAUAAAGAGAAAUAUAGUCCAUGUUCUUAAUAUGUUUUUCAUAUUUACACAUGUGAGUGUAUAUGUACAUAAACACCAAAACGGGAGUUACUUUAAAUGCAAAAAAAUGUGAAUCAUGAUCCUCUUUAAAAGUGUGGGAGUGUUAUAGGUGAUUCUUGAGAAUAUCUCAGCAUAGGACCUGAAGCCUUUGGCAGCAUUCGUAUAAUAAAUUUUUCUUAGGAGAAAAAAUUUCUCCAUUUCUGUCUUAGCUUUCACAGUAUCUGUUUACUUCUUUACUUUGUAAUGUUAUACUCCAGAAAGCUUUUUAAAAACAAUUAGGUUGAACCAUAUGAAAUUGCCUCUUUGUAGGUGAAAAGUAAUUGAGUAGCAGCAGUCUUGUAUAUGGUUCAAGCUAAUACCUAUCCAUAACACUGUGGCAUCUAUCACAGAGAAAAUGACAUAGAUUUUAUUUGAAUUUAUAAUUGUUAAUUCAGUAAAUAUUUACUAAGCACCUUUUAUGUACACGAUUCUAGGUGAUACAUUGAACAAACUAGAUAAAAUCUCUGCCUUGUAAUUUAUAUUCUAGGCAGGAGACAUUGACAAAAUAGUAUCUUUUUUGAAAGAUAAUUGGUAUUUGCCAAUGAGGAAUGAUUUUGGGAUACUUGACUUUUCUUUAUGUAAAUUUUGAAGUUUUGUGAGACAUCCAGUAAGCAAGAUUUUCAGAUUUAAAGUCUUUUAAUGUUUUAUUUUGGGGGUGGGGUAAAUCCUUUAUGCCUUUGUUCUCAAAAUAAAAAAGGAAUCCUUUCUUUUUAGUAUUUAGGAAUAUAAUUGUAAAACAUUUGAAUUUACAUAUUUGUUGAAAAUAGCAAUAUUAACCUUACUUCAGAGGCAGUGUGGUACAGUGAAAACAGUACUGAAGUAGAAGUCAGAGAGUGGCUCUAAUAAUUCUGGCUCUACUGAUCGCCAUCUUCCUGGAAGUGAGCAGGUCUUUUGAAAAUUGGGAGUCAUUUCUCAUCUUCACAAAAUGGGAUUAAUAUAUGUUCUGCUGUCCUGCAAGGGUUGUUUGAAAGAUCAUUUGCAUUAGCUUUAAUUUCUUUUUACAUAAAAUGGAGAUAACAGUAGUAUCUGGGUUAUUACAAGGAUUUUUGUGAUACACUGCAGAUAAAGAACUUAUUAUAGUGCCUAGCUAGUAGCAGUCAACAUUUUCCCUUAAAGGGACUUCCCUGGUGGUCCAGUGGUUAAGAAUCCACCUUCCGAUGCAGGGGAUGUGGAUUCAAUCUCCGAUUGGGGAACUAAGACCCCACGUGCUGCGGAGCAACAAGCCCGCAGGCUCUGGAGCCCGCAUGCCACAGCUACUGAGCUCAUGCACUCUAGAGCCCGUGCGCCACAACUAGAGAGGAUCCUGCGUGCUGCACCUAAGACCCGACGCAGACAAUUUUUUUUUUUUUUUUUUUUUUGCGGUACGCGGGCCUCUCACUGUUGUGGCCUCUCCCGUUGCGGAGCACAGGCUCCGGACGCGCAGGCUCAGCGGCCAUGGCUCACGGGCCUAGCCUCUCCGCGACAUGUGGGAUCUUCCCAGACCGGGGCACAAACCCUUGUCCCGUGCAUCAGCAGGCGGACUCUCAACCACUGCGCCACCAGGGAAGCCCCCACAAAUAAAUAUUUUUAAAAAACUAGCAUUCUUAAAAAAAAAACCUUUCCCUUAAAAUAGCUGCAGUUUAUUGAGCACUUACCUGCCAGUCACUCUCCUAAACACUUAAAUGUGUAUUUGAUUUAAUCCUCAAAACAGCCGUGAGAUAGAUCCUAUUAUUGCCAUUUUACGGGUGAAAUUGAGGCUCAGAAAGAUUAAGUCACUUCCUCAAAGUUAUGUAGCAUAUGAACCUAGAUUAGAAGCAAGAUUUGGCUUAUUCCAAAAUCUGAGCUUUUAACCUCUAUAUUCUAAUAUUUGGGUUCCCUGUUCAGGGUUGUAUUUGUCUUAAAGAUGUCAUACUAAAAAUGUCAAUCAGAUUGUAAAAUCUAAUAGUACUGAUGAAAUGCAGUUUUUAACUAAGCUAUAAAUUCACUAGUCAGGCAUCCCACCAACAUUUGCAGGGUACAAAUUGAGGCCUACAUUCUAUUAAAACUUAUAAAUAAAGCUAUCAAACUAUUAAAAUGUUUUGUUCUCUUGACAAAUAUAUCUUCAUAAUGACCUGGAAGACAAGGUUUGAAUUUAGAAUUCUCUGACUUCAUGGAGUUUCAUGACAAAUAUGGCAAUGCAGUGAGAGUUGGCCCCUGACCUACAGACUGCCCCCCUUUUCCCACCCCUGGAUUUGUUCAUGCGGACCCUCGUGUAUAUGUAUAUGUGGACUCCCCACCUCACAUUUCUAAGCUCUGUCUACACUCCUGGCAUACAGUAUUGGCACAGUUCUGUCAGAAGCCUGAGCAAGGCUUAGAGCUGUUUGGGCUAGUUGGUUGUCAGAAGUGUGUCUUCAAAGGGACCAUGUGUCCUGGCUGAGCACAUCACUUUGGCAUCAUGGAUUCUUAACCUGUGGGAAGAGACAUUACCAGAUGCCAGAGUAAAGUCCUAGGUAUGGAUCUAGACAUAAAAUUCUUUCAAAUUUUAUUUCUCUGCCAAGGGUUUAAGUUGAAAGCAAAUGAAUAAAUGAAAGAAAAACUAUUUGAUAACAUUCAACAUUUAUGACAAAAAAAAGAACUAGAAUGGAAGGAGCUUCCUUAAACAAUGUGCAUAUAUAAAAAAAACUACAAACAGCACAUUUCUUAAUGAUAAUUGAAAAUGUUUCCUUGUAUUUAAAAAAAAGUCUCCAGAAAAAAAUUUUGCACAAACAAAUGAGGAAACAAAAAAACAAAACCAAUCAAGCCCCUAGAUAUUACAAUCAGCAGAAUCACAAAGUGAGAAAUGAUACAGGACAAAUGAAAAUUUCUUUUUUUUUUUGGCCGCACCGCAGAGCAGGAUCUUAGUUGCCUAACCAGGGGUUGAACCCGGACAACAGCAGUGAGGCAGUGAACGUGCUCAGCCCUGAAAGGGCAGAGUCCUAACCACUGGACCACCAGGGAAUUCCUGCAAGUGACAGAUUCUUAUCUCUUGUUUGUUUGAAAUUUUCCAUAUUAAAGGUUAAGUUUUAAACGAUGAUGUUAAAUAAAAUAGAUUUUUAAAUGUUAGUGUUUGUAUACAGUAAGUCUACACAGAAAAUUCUAGAGGAUUUACAGACAAAAUAUUAGAAUGACAUAAUUCAAUAAGGUUUUUGAAUACAAAAUUGCUCUAUAAAAGUCAAUAGUGUUACUAUACCCCAGCAAUAACUGAAUUAAAAAAAUUUUUUUUAAAGAAAAGGAUGUGUAAAAUGAAACUAAAACUAUGAAAAGAAAACUUCCCUCAGUAGAGGGAAGGAUUUCUUAUGCAACAUACAAAUAGCAGAGAUCGUUAACAAAAUUUGAUAAAUUUAACUAUGUUAAAAUUAAAACCUAGAGGACAAAAACCCCAUAAACAAAGACAAGUGUCAACCUAAGAGAAGGUAUUUGCUAUAUACAUACAGGUUAAAUGAAUAGACUAUCUAAAGGUGUACACAUCAUUGAGAGAAAGAAAAUCCAAUAGGAAAUUUUAUAAAAGAUAAGAAUGGGCAAUUCACAGAAGAGGAAAUAAGGUUUAAUGAACAUGAAAAGAUGCACCACCUCUUUAAUUUACAUUUAAUUUAAAUGUAAAUUAUAGUCACACCCUUCACAGGUAAAAAAUAAAACUCUGACUACAUCUAGUGUUGGUGAGAAUUCAUCACUGCUAAUGAGAGUGUAAAUUGGUAUAAUUUGGCAAGUAGUAGUACUCCUACUGCAUGAUCCAGCAUAUAUCUUAAAGACAUCCUUGCAUAUAUGCACAAGGAUACCCAUAAAACGAUAUAUUUUAUGUAACAGUAAAAAGUUGAAACAAUCCAGAUGUACAUCAGUAGGGAAAUGAAAAAAGCUAUAUUAUAUAUUAAUAAUGUAUAUAUUCAAGGAAAUACCGUAGAACAGUUAAAACAGAUCAUCAAAAAGUAAUGUUGAAUGAGAAAAGUGACUUGGAGAACAUUAGUGCUAUAAGUUUAUGUAAAUUAAAAUACCCCAGAACAGCACUAAAUGUAUGUAUCUAUACACAUAUUUAAACAUGAUAAAAAUAAAAAAUGGCUUUGAAUGAUUACCAUAAAAUUUAUAAUGGAAGUUGUCUAUGUGGAGGGAGGUAAAUGAAGCAGAGGAAAAUGCAGACCUCAACUUUAUCUACGAUGUUUAAUUUCUUAUGAAAAAUCUGAAGCAAAAAUGGAAAAGUUAAUAUUUGUUAAUUCUUGGCAAU